UGGAAUGAAAAAACUAAAGUCUCUUGAUAUUGGUAAUACUGAUUUAAAUGAGGUAAAUGUAGAUAAAUUACCAAAUAGUUUGGAAACUAUUGAUUGCUCUAUCAAAGAAAGACCAAAUUGUAAAUUAACUGCUAUCACUUCCCAAUUCGAAGAAUAUAAGUGA